CAUCACGGACCGACCGGAUUUACUCGAAUCUUCUAGAUUUGUCCGUCGUAUCAGUAUAGUAUACCUAUCUACUGUAAUUUGUAAUGUCUGUUACACCGUUCGCUGAUUGUUUUCCUUCGUGUGCUGUAGUGUUUUAUGUUUUAUUUGCAGCUGGUCUGACGGUCGCGUCAGAUUAGUUUUUGUCUCGCGGUCAUCGCUAUUUAUCAUAAUUUUCAUUACUAAUAUAAUUUGCUGACCCUCCUGACGUUGUUAUUUUCAUCGCUGUUAAAACAUUACCUUGUAAUCGACCUUUUCGGCCGAUCUUCUACACGGAUUUCCCGUCCACCGUCAUUUCAAUUAACUUUUCGUGGACGUUUGUUACCAUUUCCUCGUAAAUUGCGCCAGAGACGAUCGAUGUGGUGUAAAGAGUAAUAUGCCUUUUGCUGAUCGUCGGGAUCGUAACAAAUCAAAGUUGAGCGAUCGUCUUCGCGGCAAGUCAACGGACGAAAUACUGGAAGAGAUCAACCGAAAGUUCGGCAACACCGGCGAGAAUAGCAUGUUUUUCGACAAAUCUGACUCUAGGACUUCUCCUCAAAGGGAAGAAUUUCCAUUUGAUGAUGACAUGCUAAGAGGUCAUUUGAGUGUCCGUUCACAUUUGGAAGAUUUAGCCAAAAGACAUCCAGAUCUCGCAGGUCAUUUGCGUUGUCCACCUUGGGGGGGUGAACCUAGCUCGAAAAGUUGGAGUCGUAAACGUACCGUGUCUGGAGAAGAUAACGCACCUGAGGGACCAUCAGAUCUCAAUUAUAAUAACAACGAGCAUUCUGAAUCUAGUCCUGAUAAAAAACGAUUUGAAGAAAAUAUGGAUAAUCAACGUCAGCAUCCGUUUGAAAAUAAUUCAAGAUCUCAGGAAAAUGAUGAUAAACCUCAAAGAUUUGUAUCUAAGCUUGAAUUUACUCCUGUAAAUCCUAUUAAUAAUCAGUCUGAAGAUAUUCAACCACAAACACAACCUCAAACUGAUGCAUCUACACCAUCCCACGGAAAUCAAAAACAACCUAACGUGCGACACAUUCCGAUCUAUGUGGAAGGUCGUUCUGAACCAGUGUAUCCAAAGGAUGUUGAUCAAAAAAUUAAUGAAAAUAACAGCUCAACUUUGCCAAAACGAUCUGCUGGUAAACAAACUCCAUUUGCACAUCAUUCCUUUCACGACCAAAAUACUGCGCAACGCCGACAAACUCCUCCUUCCCAACAUCAGCAGACUCCUCCACGUGAAACCAUAUCUACACCUCCACCCACUCCGCGUCAACAAGUAAAUCCAGUAGAUGCUUUGGAAAAAGUGCAAAUCGUUCAAGCCGAUGUAGAAGAAUUGGCAAUAGCUGUUAAUCAGUUUUCUGGUUCCUCCCGUACAGAUAAACAAUAUAUUUAUUUGGAUGAGAUGCUUACAAGAAAUUUGAUUAAGUUAGAUACUAUUGAAACUGAAGGAAGAGACGAUGUACGUAUGGCUAGAAAAAAAGCGAUUAAAACUAUCCAGGAUACAAUUUCUGUUUUAGAAAUUAAAGCUCCUCAACCCCAAGAAGAACCGACAGUUGAAGAAUUAUCUGGGAAUUUAGCCGAAAAUGAGAAUAAAGACACUGAAAAAACAGAAAGCAAUAAUUAAAAUUUAAAUAAAUACCAGUGCAGUUUGAUACAAAAUAUGGUUUAUUAUUAUAACUUAUGUUUUUUGUGUUUUACAAAAUAUUCUACAACUAUUGUUCCAAUAUUUCAUUUACAUUUAAGAUCGUCUAUUGUCUGUUAAUAUUUUUUAAACUUUUGUAGUUAUACCAUUCUAUCAUAAUAUUAAUUCAGUGUGAAACGACUGGUUACAUUGAAAAUUAAUGUGCUUAUAUUAU